CUUUGUUGGUUCAAAAAAAAAAAGAAACACUCAUUUCUUGUAUAAAUACACAAUGUCUUCCUGCCUUCUCUUAUAUCUUUCAUCUCUAGUGCAACUUCUUCUCAUACCAAAACAUGGCUUCUAGUUCUAGUUCACGGAAAAAGAAAGCUUCUGGUACUGCCAAUGCUUUUGCAGACACUAUGAUAGUUUCACCAACAAGAAUUCACAAGGCAACUAUACUCUGGCUACAUGACAUCGGGGAGAAUGGCCGAGACUCAGCUACGUUUGUACGUAAAUUGAAUCUUCCAAAUGUAAAAUGGAUUUGUCCGACUGCUCCAACACGUCCCGUUACUUCCUUGGGUGGAUUCCAAACUACUGCUUGGUGCGAUGUCAUGGGAAUUUCUGAGAACAUGGCAGACGAUAUGGUUUCUUUAAAUUCUACAGCUGGGUUUGUUGUUAACCUUCUGAAAGAUGAACCAGGCAAUGUCAUGAUAGGACUAGGAGGUAUCGGCAUGGGUGCAGCGGUAGCUCUCUACUUUGCAACUUCUUAUAUCACUAGAUGGGAGCAAACCAUAAGACGACUAAGAACUAUUGUAGGGAUCAACGGAUGGCUUCCUGCUUGGAGAAACUUCCGCCGCAACCCAAGUCUUGCUCCUUCCCUACAAAUCUCACUUACACAUGGAACUUCUGAUGCUAUAGUUCCCUUCCAAAUUGGAAACAGAUGUUGUGACACUCUUCGCAGGGCUGGAUUUCCAGUCACAUUCACACCAUAUGAAGGGGAUCAUCAUGCAAACAUUCCCCAAGUAAUCAAUGGUGUUCGCAUGUGGCUCACAAUGAACCUCCAUCUCUAGGGUCAAUGCUCACCAUUGCGUAGAGAAAGAAAAUGGAGAGCAAAAUGAUUAUCCAAUAUACUAUAUAUAUAUAUAUAUAUAAUAGCAUAUUAUUUUUAUU